CUUCUGGAGUUAAUGAUUUGGGAUUAAUUGAGAUCACACUUCCUUUGCUGGAUGCAACCUGAUUCUCAGAAGCUGUGGCGCAUGUUUCGCCCUUUGGCACAACUCCCACAGUCGCCAGUCUGUCUGAAAAAUAAAUUGAAAAAUGGAUUUUGGAGAAACCCCGUUUAAAAAUAAAUUGGAAAUACGCGAUGAGCUAAUAGCAGACUUGGAAAAAGUGAUCAUUGAUGGCAAGUUUCUGCAAAAGUCCGAAAUUCAGGAGAAGGUUGAUAAUCUCUGUAAAUGGUUGUGCACAACACCCACAACAAGUAUUUACAGAUUAAAUAAUUUCAUAGAUUGUCGUACAGAUGAUCUGGAGAAAUUGUGCAAUGCGUUGAAACAGGAUGAUAAACCAAAUCCAUCUGUUCACUUUUUACCGGAUCUUCCAAAUGGAAUAGUUGCUGUGGACAAUUGGGACUUGUUGAUACCUCUUGACUUGGAAAGAUAUCCAGAUGAAAUCAUUGUUGAUGCUACAUGCGGUGCAGCUGUAUUAAGGGGAUCUCAUGUUUACGCUCCUGGCGUUAUGGGAAUGUCAAAUGGUUUAGCCAUUAACACUAAAGUCAGCGUAUUCGCAGAUGUUGUUGGUCAAUGUAAGAAAGGUUUGAUUAAACCAUAUGCAGAUAGCAAUAAAGUAUAUCUAGGGAAUGGUAUUCUUCGACAAGCCAGAAAACAGCUUUUUGGUAAAGCUGCCAAAAAUCCUUGUGGUAUCGCAGUAAUUAUAACAGAUGUAAUUUCACGAAUUCCGCAAUUAAAUGUAAACGAUGAAUCUUUGAGGCCACAUGCAUUGUUACAAAAUUUGCCAUCCAUUAUAUGCGGUCUGGUUUUAAACCCACAGCCAAAUGAGAUAAUUCUUGAUAUGUGCGCUGCACCUGGUAACAAGACCACGCACAUUUCACUUCUUAUGAAGGGACAGGGUACAAUAAUAGCUUUGGAAAAAAAUUCGGGUAAAGUGGUACGAUUCAAAGAAAAAUGUAAAGACGAAAACAUUAAAAUAUUUUGUUACGAUGCUACAAAGGCAGUCAUGGAACAAGGGCACAGUUUUAUUCACACCGAUGGACCUCCAUUUCAAGAAAAUUCUUUCGAUCGUAUUCUCUUGGAUACUCCAUGCAGCGCAUUAGGUCAAAGACCGCAGCUAUGCAAUAAAAUCACAGCGGCACAGUUUCGUUCUUAUGUUCCCUUACAACGAAAUCUCUUUUCUGCCGCCGUUCGUCUUUUAAAGCCGGAAGGAAUAUUAGUGUACAGUACAUGCACUGUCACAGUAGCAGAGAACGAGGGCAUCCUUGCUUGGGCAUUAAAGCGAUUUCCAGAAUUGAAAUUAGAAUCCGUUAAAGAACGGAUAAAAACAGACAGAUAUGGUGCUGAAGGAUAUACUAUAGAUGGGCUAACAAAUGAGAACGCGAAGAAAAUAUGUAGAUUUGGUCCUGAAAGUGAUUCUGUUGGAUUCUUUAUUGCAUGCUUAAGAAAAUGUUCUUGAGGUAAUAAAACGCAUCGAAGCUCUAUCAUAUGGAAAGCUAUUUCAUUUAAAAUUGACUUAAUCAAUUUUCAAAGCCAAUUUUUAACUAAUCUACAAAUAGUAACUACUAGUUUUUUUUAUAAUUGAUAAAGAAA